UGUAACACAGACCUCCGACCCGAACGGUCGUGCGCGGCCUCCGCGAAUUUAACUUAUACACGUAAUUAUAUAUCGGUGUGUUUUGUGAAAGUGAUUUGAAUGCGAUGUAGUGGAAUAUGGGGAUUCGUGUAGCCAGCGCGGACUUUACAUAAUGACCAAAUUACAAACAUCAUUGAAAAAUUCCACGACGAUGGUUUGAGGGACACACCACUAUCAUGCAUCCCUCUCCGACCUGGUUGGCAACGUCACUGCUCUUCAUCCUCCAACACACAGAAAUGAGACACAGCAUAGACGAACCCCGACACCACCACCGACAUAGACACAAAAUUGAUUCAGACCUCUACAAAUACACGCCGUACUACGACCCUUUUCCCAACUUCAAAGACAUCUAUUUAGAUAGAAGCCUAGUAAAUUACGAUAUAGUCGCACUAGAUAAUGAUAAUAAAAAUGAAUGGAUGCCUAAUGACCAUGUGGGUGAACUGAAUAAGAAAUACCAGCAUUGGCCGAUAAAGAGGGAAGCGGUUAUUGAAGGAGAUUUGGUGCUUGGUGGACUAAUGAUGGUACAUGAACGAUCGGAGAACAUGACGUGUGGACCUGUGAUGCCACAGGGGGGUGUGCAGGCGUUGGAGACGAUGUUGUACACCCUGGACAUAAUAAACCACAAGUUAAAACUGAUCCCUGGUGUCACGAUCGGAGCUCACGUUUUGGAUGACUGUGACCGAGAUACCUAUGGACUUGAAAUGGCUGUAGAUUUUAUCAAAGGGUCAAUAAGUAACAUAGAUGACGCAGAAUACGCGUGCAAUGCGACUGCUAUGAGGAAGGUUAUAUCUGGUGUGGUGGGGGCGGCAUCGAGCGUCACGUCAGUGCAGGUCGCUAACCUGCUGCGACUGUUUAAAAUACCACAGGUGUCCUUCUUUUCAACGUCUCCGGAAUUGUCGAACAAAGCUAGAUUUGAAUACUUCACGCGUACUAUACCUUCGGAUCUCCAUCAGGUUCGAGCGAUGGUGGAAAUUGUGAAAAAACUUGGCUGGAGUUACGUGUCUAUAAUUUACGAAGAAUCCAGUUAUGGAAUUAAGGCAUUUGAAGAACUAGAAGCAUUGCUGGCACGGAAUGGAAUAUGCAUAGCUGUUAAGGAGAAAUUGGUGAAAGACUCUGGGGUGGCAGACGAGGGGUCCUAUGAUGAAAUCGUGCAGAAACUAUUGACUAAGCCGAGAGCUAGAGGUGCCAUCAUAUUCGGCUCGGACCAAGAAGUAGCUGGCGUGAUGCGGGCAGUGGAAAGGGCUAACGCGACCCACUCCUUCAGCUGGGUGGGUUCCGACGGCUGGAGUGCGAGGGCCCUGGUCUCUGACGGCAACGAGAGGGCCGUGGAGGGCACGAUCAGCGUCCAACCGCAGGCCAACGACGUGAUCGGUUUCACGGAGUACUUCCUGGGUCUUAAUGUUAAGAAUAAUAGGCGCAAUCCGUGGUUCGUUGAGUUCUGGGAGCAGCACUUCGAGUGCCGGCACGGCGGCGCGCCGCGCACGCCCUACAACGGGCACCUCGCGCGCCGCUGCUCCGGCGCCGAGCGGCUCACUGCCGGCAACACGGAGUUCGAGCGGCAGCUGCAGUUCGUUUCCGAUGCGGUCAUGGCGUUCGCAUAUGCUAUCAGAGACAUGCAUGCGGCGGUGUGUGGGGGGAAACCGGGGCUAUGCGACGCCAUGCGACCCGCCAGUGGCGCGGAACUGCUGCGCUACUUGAGGAAGGUCAACUUCACUGGUCUAAGCGGCGAUGAGUUCCACUUCGACGCAAACGGCGACGGACCAGCUCGCUACAAUAUCUUGCACUUUAAACAGGUGUCGCGGGGAGUCUACCAUUGGGUGAAGGUGGGGCAAUACCUGGAUGGGGAACUUCAGCUUAAUAUUAAUGACAUCCAGUUCAAGUGGGGCGAAGCGCGACCGCCGGAGUCGGUGUGCAGCGCGGAGUGCGAGCUGGGGCAGGCCAAGCAGUACGUGGAGGGUGAGAGCUGCUGCUGGCACUGCUUCAACUGCACCCAGUAUGAGAUCCGCUCGCCGCUGGCGGAGACGGCGUGCGCGGAGUGCCCGCGCGGCGCGCUGCCCGACGCGACGCGCACGCGCUGCCGGCCCGUGCCCGAGCAGUACCUGCGCCCCGACUCCGCCUGGGCCAUCGGCGCCAUGGCCUUCUCCGCGCUCGGCAUCCUGCUCACCGCGUUCGUGUGCGGCGUGUGGGUGCGGCACGGCGGCACGCCCGUGGUGCGCGCGAGCGGCCGCGAGCUGUCCUACGUGCUGCUCGCCGGCAUCCUCAUGUGCUACCUCGUCACCUUCGCGCUCGUCUUCCGCCCCACCGACCUGCUCUGCUCCAUACAGCGGUUCGGCACGGGGUUCUGCUUCACGGUGGUGUACGCGGCGCUGCUGACGAAGACGAACCGCAUCGCGCGCAUCUUCCGCGCGAGCCGCCGCUCCGCCAAGCGCCCGCUGCUCAUAUCGCCCUCCUCGCAGCUCGCCAUCUGCGCCGCGCUCGUCUCCGUGCAGGUGCUGAUAGUGGUGGUGUGGAUGAUAGUGGCGCCGGCGCGCGCGAUGCACCACCACCCGACGCGCGAGGACAACAUGCUGGUGUGCGACUCGUACGUGGACGCGUCCUACAUGAUCGCCUUCUUCUACCCCAUCGUGCUGAUCCUCGUGUGCACCGUGUACGCGGUGCUCACCAGGAAGAUACCCGAGGCGUUCAAUGAGAGCAAGCACAUCGGGUUCACGAUGUACACGACGUGCGUGAUCUGGUUGGCGUUCGUGCCGCUGUACUUCGGCACGGCGAGCCACGUGCCGCUGCGCAUCACCAGCAUGGCCGUCACCAUCUCGCUCAGCGCCAGCGUCACGCUCGUCUGCCUCUUCUCACCCAAGCUGUACAUAAUCCUGAUCCGACCGGAGCGCAACGUGCGGCAGAGCAUGAUGCCGGUGCGCUUCAGCCGCGCGCCGCCGCGCUCCCCGCUCGCGCCCGACAAACCGACAUGCGCCGACAAAGAAACGCAAACCGAAACGGCCGACAUAAACAAACUAACGAACGGACAAACUGUUCAACUGAAAACCGCUGACAAAGAGAAAGAGAGAGAAGAUAAGAAGAAAGAGAAGCAAAGCGCCAAGAUGGCGAACUGCGAGCGCGACGCGACGAACAAGACGGAGUCUUUAUAGCAACGAGCCUCUUCCAAAUCUCUUACUGAUGUUUAUAAAAACAAUAAUAUUAAAUUAAGAAAAAAGAGUUGUUCUUGUAGGAUACGCGAAAGAAAACCAAUAAUCGUAUAAUCGAGUACGUUAAGCGCCUUACUGAUAAUGUUUCUCUCUCUCUCUCUCUCUUAUAUCAUCCGACAAGGGAGAGAGAGACUGAUAUAAGCAUAGAUAAGUAAAUUAAGCGUAUCUGUAUUUUCGUCUCUCACUCUCAUAUGAUACGAAGGAGUGAGAAAUUAGUUUAUAUGUAAGGUGGUAAAUAUGUAAAUAUUCAAUAUGUAAAUAUAAGCGAAAAGACACAUAGUGAUUGUAAAUAAUACUGAUAAAUGUGUAGAUAUUGAAGAAAUGUAUAGCAGGUGAAGCACUGAGCCAGGAUGGGGUGGAGAUAAGUGUAGAUUAGACUAGACUAGAGGUAAGUAAAAUGUUAGUAUAAUAAUCUAAUUCAAGUGAAAUUUUAUAUAAAAGACUGCAUUUAUCUAAGUUUCUGAACAAAGAUUCAAAAGUGACGAAAAGUACCAAAGGGCAAAUGAAAAAUUCUCUCUCUUUUAAUACAAAACUUCCACAACUAUUUAUUCCUAUUAAGUAGAUAUAUGUUAAUUAGAUAUAUUUUUCACCUAUUAGAUGAUAUACAGUAUCAGAA